AUGGCGCUGCCUGGGCUGUGGCUCCUGCUGCUGCUGCUGCUGCUGCUGAUAGUUGGCACCCGCUGGCUGUGGGGUCACUGGAAGCUCUGGAACCUCCACCUCCCACCUCUGGCCCCGGGAUUUCUGCACUUUCUACAGCCGAACCUCCCUAUCUACCUGCUUGGCCUCACUCAGAAACUCGGACCUGUCUACAGGAUCCGCAUGGGGCUGAAAGAUGUGGUGGUGCUGAAUUCUAAUAGGACCAUUGAGGAGGCCCUGAUCCAAAAACGGGUGGACUUUGCCGGCCGACCCUGGAUAAUAUAUGAAAAGCUAGACUUGGACUUGUCACUAGGCGACUACUCUCUAAUGUGGAAGGCCCAUAAGAAACUCUCGCGCUCAGCUCUGAUCCUGGGUGUGCGAGACUCCAUGGAGCCCCUGGUAGAGCAGGUGGCCCAGGAAUUCUGUGAGCGCAUGAGAGCCCAGGCUGGCACCCCCGUGGCUAUCCAUGAGGAAUUCUCUUUACUCACGUGCAGUGUCAUCUGCGGCCUCACUUUCGGAGACAAGGAUGACACUCUGGUACACACCAUUCACAGCUGUGUCCAAGACUUGUUGCAAGCCUGGAACCACUGGUCCAUCCAAAUCUUGGAUGUAAUUCCCUUUCUUAGGUUCCUCCCCAAUCCAGGCCUCUGGAAGCUGAAUCGGCUCCAGGAGACGAGGGACCACAUUGUAAAGCAGCAGCUGAGGCGGCACAAGGACAGCCUGGUAGCCGGCCAGUGGAAGGACAUGAUUGACUACAUGCUUCAUGGGCUGGAGCAGCAAAGAGAGGGCGCAGGACUGCUCCGGGAAGAGCACGUGCACAUGUCAGUGGUGGACCUUUUCAUCGGCGGCACCGAGACCACAGCCACCACACUCUCCUGGGCUGUGGCCUUCCUGCUUCAUCACCCUGAGAUCCAGAAGCGACUACAGGAAGAAUUAGACCUCAAGUUGGGCCCCAGUGCCCCCAGCUCCCAGCUCCUGUACAAGAACCGAAUGCAGUUGCCUUUACUUAUGGCCACCAUCACCGAGGUGCUGCGCCUGCGGCCCGUGGUGCCCCUGGCCUUGCCCCAUCGCGCCACUCGGGCUAGCAGCAUCUCUGGCUAUGACAUCCCCAAGGACACAAUCGUCAUCCCCAACAUCCAAGGCGCCAACCUGGAUGAGAUGGUCUGGGAACUGCCCAGCCAGUUCCAGCCUGAUCGCUUCCUGGAACCUGGCAAGAACCUCAGAACGCUAUCCUUUGGCUGUGGGGCACGCGUGUGCUUGGGAGAGCCUCUGGCACGAGUGGAGCUCUUUGUGGUGCUGGCGCGCCUUCUCCAGGCCUUCACGCUGCUGCCACCACCAGAUGGCACCCUGCCCUGCCUAAAGCCCCAGAAUUAUGCUGGUUUCAAUCUCUUGAUUAAUCCCUUCCAGGUGUUGCUGCAGCCCAGGAACCUGGUGCCCCAAGACCAGGGCCAGACCCCUUGACAGGAUAGGACCAGUACCAGCCUCGUGCCUCAGUUUCUCCUUUAUUGCUCCGUUACCAACCCCUCCCCUCCCCCCUGUAAACAUGGUGCUGUGAGGUCGUGGUAGAGAAGGCUUCCUUGGUGAGCUAGGCAGUAGAGGCACACGGGCUCUUCUCUGGGCACGACCUCUCAGUGCUCGGCAGUCAUACCGGGGUUGUGAGCGAAGUGGGCAGCAGGCUCAGCUCCCCCUGGCGGGGGCCUGGAAGUUUCUGGGUCUCAGCUUCAUUUCCGUGAAGGGCACGGAGAACUCAAAACCCUUCCAGUGGUACCAGCUCACUCCCUGAGGGAAGGAGAGUCAAAGCCACCACCUCAUCAAUGGCACUCGUUCAUCCCCACCCUGCUUCUGCAGGUGACCCCCCAGGGACCCACCCAACUUCCUCAUGCUCCCUGCCUAACCCUCAGCCGCAAGGACUGAGGCUUAAUCCUGAACUGGUGCCUUCU